GGCUCAUUAUAGGACACAGAACUCUCUGGGGAGCAGUGGAAGCCUUCUUAACUCAGAAAGAAACUCCCAACACAGUUUCCCAAAGAAAAAUGGGCACCAAGGGCAAAGUUAUUAGAUGCAAAGCAGCCAUCGCCUGGGAAGCAGGCAAGCCCCUUUGCAUUGAAGAGGUUGAAGUAGCUCCCCCCAAGGCUCAUGAAGUUCGCAUUCAGAUCAUUGCUACUUCCCUGUGCCAUACUGAUGCCACUGUUAUCGAUUCUAAAUUUGAGGGCUUAGCUUUCCCAGUGAUCGUUGGCCAUGAGGCUGCAGGGAUUGUGGAAAGUAUUGGGCCAGGAGUGACCAACUUCAAACCAGGUGACAAAGUAAUUCCACUUUAUGCACCUCUAUGUAGAAAAUGCAAGUUUUGUCUGAGUCCACUCACAAAUUUUUGUGGAAAAAUCAGUAAUCUUAAAAAUCCUGCUAGUGAUCAACAACUAAUGGAAGACAAAACCAGCAGGUUUACCUGCAAAGGAAAACCAGUUUACCAUUUCUUGGGAACCAGUACAUUCUCUCAGUACACUGUAGUGUCAGAUACUAAUCUUGCCAAAAUAGACGACGAUGCAAAUUUAGAGAGAGUUUGUCUGCUUGGAUGUGGGUUUUCAACUGGCUAUGGGGCUGCAAUCAACAAUGCCAAGGUCACCCCUGGCUCGACUUGUGCUGUCUUUGGCCUAGGAGGUGUGGGUCUUUCUGCUGUAAUGGGUUGUAAAGCUGCAGGAGCUUCCAGAAUCAUAGGUAUUGACAUCAACAGUGAGAAGUUUGCAAAGGCUAAAGCCCUGGGAGCCACUGAUUGCCUCAAUCCUAGAAACCUGCAUAAACCCAUCCAGGAGGUUAUCAUUGAAUUGACCAAGGGAGGUGUGGAUUUUGCUCUUGACUGUGCAGGUGGAUCUGAAACCAUGAAAGCAGCCCUGGACUGUACAACCGCAGGCUGGGGAACAUGUACUUUCAUUGGAGUAGCUGCUGGUAGCAAAGGAUUGACUAUUUUUCCAGAGGAGCUAAUAAUCGGCCGUACUAUAAAUGGAACAUUCUUUGGGGGUUGGAAAAGUGUAGAUUCUAUCCCAAAGCUGGUCACUGACUAUAAGAAUAAGAAAUUCAAUCUGGAUGCAUUGGUGACCCAUACCCUGCCUUUUGACAAAAUCAGUGAGGCAUUCGACCUAAUGAACCAAGGGAAAAGCACCACUGAGUAACAAGGACGCUGCCUAAGCAUCCGAACAAUCCUGAUCUUUUGAAGAUGCCAGGAGCAAUUUGGAAUGCUAUCUGAUUGAAUGUGAACCUGUCUGGUUAAUUUAUUACCUGAUUUGAUGAACCAAGGAAAGCCAUGAGUUUAAAUAAAUAUUUACAUUUAAUACGGGAACAUAAAAGAGCUUUAAAUAUUACAGCCUUUGUACCUGUUACAUAUAUGAAUAUUCCCUAUGUUAAAUAAUAAUAAUAACAACUAGUGUUUAUGAACAGAAUCAUAUGAUCUUUAGAAAUUGUUUAAAAUUAGUUCUGGGAAGGUGAAAGUGGGGAAUUAAGAGAUAAUAAAUAAAACUAGAUUGGCUUUAUGUUUAUAACUUUUUUAGAUUGGGUAAUGAAUACAUGGAGUUUCAUUAUA